ACCAUGUGCCGGGAACGUCAGUCAAUCAAUCACCCAAAUUAGCUUUCUGGAGCACAUCCAUCCUCUGUCUCCUGCUUGGCGUCGAUGUGCGUGGCUAUAGAGAACAAACUAACCCAUUGGAACGCAGACCGAACUUUCCGACCACAGGCCUCUCUUUUGGUGUUCAUCCACUCACCGCAACAUCCACAGGCUUUCCCCGUUCACCUGCAACACCACCGGCGCUUAGCAACUGCUUAUCAUCCUGUCUUUCAGGUUCCGUCGCAACGCUUCGGGCAUGACUCAGUAUCCAAGGAAAUGGGCCCCCGCGCGUUCGCAACGACCAGUACGAGUGGCAUCGACCACGGUCGCGACCAGUCCCGACGGCACAGAAGGGCGAUAUGACAGUAGGAACAUAUCACCACCAGCGACCCGUCCAACGCUACCUGUACAGCGACAUGACAACAGACCCACAAGCCCAUAAUACCAUACCAAACAACUUAUCCCGAAUAGUUCAGACCAACGAAAGUCUAACCACUGCAACAACCUUCCAAGCAGAACCCAUCAAUAUGACAUUGACAUUGACAUUGACAUCGCAACAAACCCGAACUCAAAAACGACCAACAACAAUCCACCUUGUCCCCCAAACCCGCCCCCCAGAAAGCAAAAACGUCUCAAGCACAAUGGCAAAACAAAAGCCCUUCAAAAC